AUGAGGGGUAGAAUGUUGUGUGAUGUUUAAAGUGGAAUAGAAAGACUUGUUUUGUGCAUAUAAAACUUGUUUGUGUUUGUAGGACUUAAUAAUGACAAUUGUAAUAAAGAAAGAAUUUUGUGUAAAAAUGUGCUGUUUUAUUAUGUCAGCUGUUACAUGAUGAGUUAAACUAAAGUAACUUUAAUUUUUUAUAAAGAUCUUGGAACACAGAAAUAAUAGAAUGGAUAUUAUAUCUUAAACUUAGUUCGCUUCAAAGUGGAUACUUAAUAUUAGUUUAGUUUGUAUAAGUUAUGCUCAUGAUUGAAUAACUUGCUGUGAAAUAAACAUGACGCAGUGAUUUCAUUAGUGGACAUAUAAAAAUGUGUGUCAAAUAUCUGACAAAAUAAUUACACAGGUUUAAAUUGUACAUUAUGUAAAGAAAUGGUGUCUCUAGGCUUGUUUCAAGUAUUCCCAUCAGGGGAGGCAAUCAGUGUGAACAGUAACCUCUGUCAGGAGAGUUACCUGCCCUAUCAGCAGGUUUGGAAAGGUCAGCUUAAAGUGUCAGCAUACAUGAACUUUGGUCUUCUGACAGUCCAUGUGAUUCAAGGGAGGCAACUCUCCACAAAAUGGAAGCCAACUUGCGACUCUUUUGUCAAGUUGAGCAUCAUACCUGAUGAUGGAAAGAAACCAAAAUGCAAGACUGAAAUAAUGUACGGCUCAAACAACCCAGUGUAUGACCAGAAAUUCUCUCUUGAAUUGUCAGAGGAAGACCACAACAAGAGGUUGUUCAUCUCAGUUUGGCAUUGUGACCAGUCUGCAAGCCUAAACGAGUUCCUGGGCUGUAUGUCGUUCGGUAUCCGUCAUCUGACCAACCCCAAGAAGGAGGUGAACAGCUGGUACUACCUGCUCACGGAGGACAUUGGCCGCAAGAAGCACCUCCAGGUGUCUGCCCACAGACACCCACACCUAAAGACUAGAAACAGUGCCAAUGUUCCGACAGUAAACAAGGAUGUCUGGGGCACAGAGUCCCUGGAUCUCACCCUGCAGCGAGGCAAGAACGGCUUCGGGUUUACUGUAGUGGAAGGAUGUCCGGCGCGGGUCGGGCGUGUAGACAGGGCGUCCCCCGCUGAGACUGCCGGGCUCCAGCCAGGUGACCUCAUCAUCCGCCUCAACAAGCAGAAUGUGUCACGAUCCACAGCCACUAGCGUUGCCAAGCUUAUCAAACACAGCAGCAAUACCCUUCUCCUCGAGGUACAGAGACCCAAACCUGUGACCUGUGAACAGCUGGAGUCCUCACCAUGGGUGCACCAAAGUGACAUUGACCUCGGCUACGACCUGGACGACCUUGAGCCACAGGCCAGCAGCUUGGGCGAUGACCACACGGUGCCCCAGAUGUUCACCAUACGGGAAGACCGGACGGAGAACAAAGAGAACAUGAUUGGUCUUGCUGAUCAGACCAUGUACACGAACAUGAGCCCUGAGUUUGCCUCCCUAGCCACCAGCACACCUCUCCCCUUGCUUGCCCGGGGUCAUAGGACGGUACAGACCAGUGAGUCCCGCAAACAGGAAGCCAUUCACCGCCUGCUCAGUCUGGAGCUUGACUUCAUAGACCUGAUGCAUUCUGGGAUGCAGCGCUAUUCACGCCCACUGCGACACUGCAUCCUCAGCCACUCCCAACAUGCAACACUCUUUCAGAACAUUGAGAAGUUGACGAUGGUAUCAGAGUACCACGUGAAGCAGAUGCAUGACAAUGCCCCACAGUCUUUUACCACGUCAUCCGACGACACGGACGCCUCAAGCUCCACAGAAAACAGCAGCUUCCUGCAGUCCAUCGGCCUCAUCUACCAGUCCAAGGUGCACAUGCUGUGUCAGGCGUACGACCUCUACGCCAAGGGCAUCUCUGCAGCCAAUCAGCUCCUGUCUGACCUCCGCAGGAGCGAGGACUUUGUGCGGUUUAUCAGUGUCGCGGCAGUCCCGGAUGGUCAGCCAAGCAUCAGCGCCUUUGUGUACCGUCCGGUACAGCACGUUCGGGAUCUGUACCGCGUUAUACAGGACAUAUUCCACAACACCUCGUUGGACAGCUCAGAUUACAACUGCUUGAAGCAGGUGGUUGAAGGUCUACAAGGAUGUGCAGGCAACAUCAGUAACUACAGCUGUGAGCGAGUGGAGAGCGUGUCAUCACUAGCCUCACGUUCCUCCAAGCACAGUAGCCAACACACCUGUAGCAUGAAGUCUCGCUCGUCCACGGCCAGCGUGAGUUCAGGGUCGUCCAGGGGUCAAGGUCACUCGAUCCAAACGUGUCGCUCUGUGGACACGGAGGUGAUGAAGAUUCAAGAUAGGCUGGUCUUCCCUUCAAACGUACCUGUGUUCCAGCUGUGUCAGGACGACCGACACGUUCUCUACUCAGGUGAAAUGUUCCAGUGGGAAGGCAGGCAGUGGCGAAAGAUCCUUCUCUUCCUCUUCACAGACAUGCUGCUGCAAACGGUUCCCGAGUCGGAUGGCUUUCUGCGGGUUAUUGGGGAGCCGACCAUGCUCCGGGAUGUCGUCGCCAUGGACGCCCAGAGGCAACACGCCACUGAGUUUGUACUGUACUGUAGCCCCACCAAACACACCGGCGGGCAUGCGCAAACAACAAUGGACAGAAAUGCAAAAUUAAAUUUCCGUGCGCCUGCCACUGAACAGAAAUAUGCAUGGAAGAGUCUGAUUGAACAGCGGGUUUUUGCUGUCCGAGGAUCCAUGGAUUUCUACAGCAGUUCAAGCGACAUCUCUAGCAGUUCUGCAUCAGCCAUCAUACUGUAAAGGUGCAGGAAUGCAAACGACUAACAAAUUUAAUGUUAUUCAUUGUUAUUAUUUUUACACUCAUGGGAUGUGAUGUAUAUAGGUAAAUAAGGUUAAUUAUACCUUGCUCAAGACAACUAAAACGGGAUGGGUCUACAAUUGAUGUGUUGUUUUGUAGUACCAGUAACUUACCACUUCGACAAGAUUCUAAUGGUUGUUGAUAUAUAUAUUACUUGCAAGUUGUAGAUAAGUGACAUUUGCAUGCCAAGGUUCUCAGUAUUUAUUUAUUAUGACAUAUAUCCAUUGAACUAAUGGACUGUGGUCUCUGUAGGUAACUAAGCCUGCAAGCUAACACAGGUUUUUGUGUUAGUUUGUACUGUUGAUGAUUGUCUCACCAUUUCAUUCUAUACUCUCUCUAUCCUUUCCUCUCUCAGGUUUAGUAGUAGCGUUUUACCAAAUAUAUAAUGGUGUACAUUGUAUGCUGUGUAAGGUUUAUACUUGAUUAUUUUAAAUGGCAAAUACUGCAACAUGUUAAAGAUUUAAAUUCUGGUCAUUUUUUACUUUAUUUAUUAAGUCAUGUAUCCAAUCAAUACUUUUUUAAGUAGUAUCUUUUUUGUAUAGUUGCACAUUUUGUACCAUAGAUGGUAUUUUUUUAGGGUUUAGUUCGCUUGAAAUUUUGUUGUAUUUAUUUAUAAUUUGUUUACUUAUGUUACAGUAAACGCUUGAGCUUAUGCUUUGUCGCGGCAUUUUUUUUCUUUUUUUACAUUUUGUUUGCCAAUGACACUUUUUCAUUUUAAGCAAAGUUCUUGCCUCUCUACCUCUUUCUUUUCUCACACAUUGUACAUAGGUCUGCAGCAACUAACAUCGUACAUGGAACUGUUUCUUAGUGCUUAACAUGUAUGUUGGUAGCCAAGUUGCAAGUUAGCAAUGUACAUUCACAAGUCUAUAGAGAACAUGUA